AUGGCUUCAAGCCCAGAUACUGGUCCACGAGGGCUCGUCGCAGUCAACCGCACCUCCAGCAACGAAAGCAGUACUUCUGGCCGGCUGUCAUCCCCCCAAGUCCAGUCGCGGAGGAAUGCCGAACGUCCUCCACAGAUCAACGGCAACACGUACUCACAAUCGCGUGGUCAGGGACGUGCUGGGCGGAAACGGAAACGACCUCAGUUGGAGAUCUCUCAUCUAAGUCGCCGACGUGUCCACCAUGACGGCGGUCAAGGAUUACCUAUACCCAUUGACGACAGUGGUGGGCCACGCCAGCCGUCGUAUGGCAGCAGCCCGCCUCCGAGCGAGACACAAAACCGACCACCCUACCCUGGUCAACCACAAUGGCCGUCACAACAAAGUCAAAAUUCUGAUGGCUCAGAACAUCCUCCCUCUCAUUCUGCGGUCAAUAGAUCAGAAUUACCACCUGCGCCAAACCCACGAGAUACGUCCAGACCGCCAACGGAUGCCAGUUCUUACCCUCCACAUCCUCCAGCUUCUUAUCAAGCUCAGCCUCCAGCUCAAAUGCCGUAUCCGCAGUAUGCCGUACCUCAGCCUCCAACCACUGAUGUUACGGCCCCACCAUCAACUCCUCUGCUACAACGGCCACGCUGGUGGCAACAGUCGCAGCAGCCUCCAUAUCCGCCUAUGUUCCCUGCCCCCUCUUCAAGUCAUCCCACUCCUGCAGCUAAUACACGAGUGUCUUCCUCCGGCUUCCAUCCUAGCUCCAGCUUCAAAGUUUCAAGUCGAGAAGACGUGGAGAAGUCCAAGAUGCUGAGGUCGGUGUAUUACAAUCACUUUGAUCCGACCCUGCAGUAUGAACGUCAACGAUGCGGGCGGGCCGUUGAACGGUACAAUGCAGCCUGCAAGCUGGACAGUGGGCUUUCCGAGCAAGGAGUGCGCGACGUAUUGAUCAAGGUCAUUGAUCCAAGCCAAGACACGACGCACAAGUUCCCAUCACAACAUCAUGGCAAGGGUCAUGUUGGUCUCGGAGUCCAAAUCGAGGCACCUUUCACGUGCACAUAUGGGUACAACCUCAGAAUCGGGGAUGAUGUGUAUGUGGGUAAGGGCUGCACAUUUGAUGAUGCCGGCAUAAUUGAAAUAGGACCUCGAACAGUCAUCGGUCCUGGCGUCACCAUCUUGACGACCGACUACUGUGACGACCCUGUCCAUCGAAAAGGGACAAAGGGGUACUGGAUUGCCAAGGAUGUGUACAUUGCUUCGGGAGUGAUCAUUGGCGCUAAAGCUGUGAUCUAUCCGGGUGUGAAGAUCGAGGGAAUUGCCACGGUAGACCACUGCGCUGUUGUUCGGAGCUAG